CCUGGUGUUUAACUUGGGAGCAAAAUCAGACAAGCCGUCUACCAUAAGCGCCAUUAAUGCCAUCACGUACCAGCAAGGCGGCACGAAGACAGGAGCUGCGCUGCAAUUCGUCCGUGAGAACGCCGCAUGGAGGCAAGGAGGAAACGUCCCGAAAGUGAUCAUUGUGUUGACAGACGGGAAGUCGGGUGAUUCUGUGUCGGGACCAUCUCAGAGUCUUGCCGCGAGCGGAAUUACCGUGUACAGCAUCGGAGUGGGCAACUUCGAUCACGGGCAACUCCUGCAGAUCGCCAACAACAACCGGAACAAUGUGAUCGAGUUGAGCGACUUCAACGCCCUGGCCACGAAGAUUAGCGAGAUUGCCAAAGUCGUUUGCGCACAGGUGUCAGACGUUUGUCCCAGUGGUUACAAGGAAUUCAAUGGGAUCUGCUACAAGGCGUUCAACACGGUAAAGACCUUCCUUCAGGCGUCCAAGGCUUGUUAUGACGACGGCGGCACACUCGCCAUGCCCAAGGAUGCUGCCACCAACGCCUUCAUCAAGACCCUGAAGGACAAGGUAGACCCGGCCGGCUUCUUCUGGUUCGGUCUCGUGGAUCAGCACACGGAGAACGAAUGGCAGUGGGUAGACGGAGGGAACCUCGUCAGGGGCCACAGCGAUUGGAAACCGGGUGAGCCGAACAACAAGGGCGACGAGGACUUUGCCGAGUACUUCCCUAACAAAUGGAACGACGCGGGCGGCAACGCAAGGAACAGGAAAUUCAUCUGCCAAGUGAUUCCAACAGAUUCCCCACAAGGCUACGUGUACCAUCAACUGAGCCAUAUGAGCUACAAAGUUUACAACGUCAAGAAAGACUACGACGGAGCGGUUGAGACCUGCCGUGCAGAUGGCGGUUCACUUGCCGAACCUAAAGACGCCGCCGUUAACACGUUCAUCAUCUACCUCAAGAACGCCGUGGACAACCGAGCAUGGUUCCGCUUCGGACUGACGGAUGAACACGAGGAAGGAGGCUGGAUGUGGGGAAGCGGUGUCGCCCUAUCAACUUUCCGCACGUGGGGUCCGGGAGAACCGAAUAACCGGAGAAACGAGGACUGUGCCGAGUACCUCCCUGGAAGUCACCCGAAAAACAAGAGGAACAAGUGGAACGAUGGGCCAUGUACAGCUCGUACCAGGAAGUUUAUCUGCCAGGUCGUUCCGAAAGGCUGUCCUAGAGGCUACAAACAGAGGGGUGCAAUCUGCUACAAGGCCUUCGACAAGAAGGAGAAUUACUACGAGGCUGAGAUGGCUUGCCGGGCUGAAGGAGGGUCCCUGGCGAUGCCCCGUGACCAGACUACCAACAACUUCCUGAUCAAGCUGAAGAACGAUAAGGACGGCAACUCGUGGUUCUGGCUCGGGGCGGAUGACAAGAAUGACGAGGGCACAUGGUUGUACCGGAACGGCAAACCCUUCGGGAGCUUCCGCGCCUGGUUCCCGGGUGAACCGAACCAGGCUGGCGGGAAUGAAGACUGCUUGAUGCUGUUCGAAAGCCCCAGGAACAAGUGGAACGAUCAAGACUGCGCGACAAAACAGAAGUUCAUCUGCCAGAUCCAAUUACCAAUUGUUGAUUCCUGCGGUGGAAACAUCCAAACGGAGUAUGGAACCAUCGUCUCACCGGGCUACCCAGAUACAUACGCAGAUAAUCAGAAAUGCAGCUGGAACAUCAUGGCUCGACCAGGGAAGGUCUUGACUCUGAUCUUCGAGGAUUUCGACCUUCAGAGCACCUCCGACACGGUGACUGUGGAAGACCCCUGCACCGACAGGGAGCUGGGGAAGUUCUCGGGGUCGACUCUGCCUGCACCCGUCCGCAGCGCGGACAAACAGCUGAGGAUCGUCUUCAGAACCGAUCACUCUGUCAGCGAACGUGGCUUCAGGGUCAAAUUCAUCGCCAGUGACGCUUCCGGGAAACGAGGGGUUGACGAACCGCUGUCUGUCCAGCAGCCUGAUGAGACCAUGGAGGGGCGUGGCCAGGAGGAAGGAGGCCAGGAGGGGCGUGGCCAGGAGGAGGUUGCCGAGAACAUCGAUGAAGAUGUGCUGAUGGAGACCUUGAAGAUGCUGGAGAAAGACCUGCGCAAUGCUGCCAACGAGCUAAGGGAGCUCCAUGGAGAAUGACAACUGGCGACAGAUGACGUUGAAAUGGAUGACCAAAGACCGACCAAGACCGAUCUACAGGAUAACCGCUUAGCAAGACGCGUCCAACAACAGAUAGGACCAAGGCAACAUAAGAAAUGAUAAAGAAUAGAUAGAACUCAUGAAAAUCAAGAAUCUCCGCUUUUCUUGUACUAGUUACCGUAGCUGUAAACAAUACUUAUAAUAAUCCAGCAGUAAUACAAAAUGACAAUCAUCUCUAUUGCUUCUACUUUCCAGACGUAGUACACAGUCUGUCUACUUUUGACUGUUUCCGGGUUAUUAUGAAAUGAUAAAACCAUUUUGUAGGAUUCCUUGUUUAUUUCUUACUUCUUCAUUACUACUGCCAAGCCCCACAACUCCUUACUUCACUGGUCUUAGCCAUCCCCAGAACAUUGAUUGUCUGUACUAUACUGUGUGAAAAAAAUAUCUAAUAUACUCAACUAUCUAACGAUAAAUUUGACAAUAACAUUCUUAACUUUAAGGUACACUUUGCCACCGAAGACCACAUUUUGUAUGCACAACUUUGCAAGUUUCAUGAAUGGUUAGGCCACAUUAAUUUAAUCAAUUGGUUGUCGGAUUUGCCCCCUUCAUAUUUUUCUGAUUUGCCAAAAAAUAUUAAAUAUAUGAAUCACCUCCAAACUACAUGUUUUUAUUUUGACGCCAACAGUUGA